ACCGCCCCGCUCAGCUCCGCCGUCUCAGAGACCCAGGCGCUCUCGUUGGGCGGCCGCGAGGAAGGUAGAAUCGGGCAGGCCCGGGUCGGACGCUUUGGGGACGGGAGCCGCCAUCGACCGCCGACCCCGCUCUCGGGCUACGCCACGGAAGGAGGAGGAGGAGGAGGACGGGGGUGAUCUGGGGCGCCAUGGAGACUCUUACUGUAUACCACCAUAUCUUCCUGCAAUACUUAAACCAAACAAGAAAUGUGGUGAAUGAAAAAUGCUCUGGGAUGGAACCAUGGCAAGUCAUCGCAUCAACAGCUGCUGCUGUCUUGCUGAUUGUGAAGUUACACUUGUUUCUUUUCCAGGCAGAAAGUUUAACAUCACGAUUUAAAAAAUGGUUCUUCAGACUUAUACGCAAGCUGCCCAUCAUUGGUCGUAUUAUCCAGCAACAGGUAAACAAGACUUUGGAUGAGAUGUCUGACAAACUGCCCUUUUUGCAAGACAAGAAAAAUUACCUCAGGAGCCUACCACCAACAGGUCUCAGCCAGCCAGAGUUGUUGAAGAAGUUGAAAGAGUACAGCACUUUGGGUAACGUACGUUGGGAAGACUGCAAAGUAUCUGGGACAGUGUACAGUGGGGAUGAAAAACUCGUUAAUCUGCUUGUUAAGGUUUAUGAGGAAUUUGCAUGGACUAAUCCACUUCAUCCAGAUGUAUUCCCAGGUGUGAGGAAGAUGGAAGCAGAGGUUGUGAGAAUGGCUUGCACGCUUUUUCAUGGUGGACCUAAAUCAUGUGGAACAAUGACAUCUGGAGGAACAGAGAGCAUCCUGCUGGCCUGUAAAGCCUACAGAGAUUUGGCUUUUGAAAAAGGGAUUAAAAAUCCAGAAAUGUUGCUGCCACUAAGUGCCCAUGCAGCAUUUCACAAGGCUGCCCAUUAUUUCAGGAUUAAGAUUGUACAUAUUCCGUUGACAGAAUCGAUGCAGGUGGAUGUGAAGGCAAUGAAGAAAGCCAUUACCAAGAAUACAGCCAUGAUGGUCUGUUCAGCCCCACAAUUUCCUCAUGGAAGUGUUGACUCCAUUGAGGAAGUAGCAAAGCUUGCCCUGAAAUACGAUAUUCCCUUCCAUGUGGAUGCCUGCCUGGGAGGCUUUCUCAUCGUCUUCAUGGAGAAGGCCGGGUUUCCUUUAGAGAAGCGUUUUGAUUUCCGAGUGAAAGGAGUCACAAGCAUUUCUGCAGAUACGCACAAGUACGGCUACGCUCCAAAGGGUUCCUCAGUGAUACUGUACAGCGAUGUGAAAUACCGACAGCACCAGUUCUUCGUUGCUCCUGAUUGGCAAGGAGGAAUUUACCCCUCGCCCACUAUUGCUGGUUCCAGACCUGGAUGCCUUAUUGCAGCUUGCUGGGCAACAAUGGUGCACUUAGGAGAACAAGGUUAUGUGGAAGCCACCAGGAAGAUCAUCUCAACGACACGGUUCAUCGUAUCUGAGUUGCGGAAAAUGGAGCACAUCUGUAUCCUUGGCAAACCAGAGGUUUCUGUCUUCGCUUUCAAGUCUGAUUCAUUUGACAUUUACCGAUUGUCAACCCUGUUAAUAGCCAGAGGAUGGAAUCUUAAUAUUUUGCAGUUCCCUCGAAGCAUCCAUUUUUGCGUAACGUUGCUACAAACAGAACCUGGGGUGGCUGAACAACUGGUGAAGGAUAUCAGAGAGUGUGUCUCUGAGAUCAUGAAGAAUCCAAAGGAAAAGACCACUGGCAUGAGUGCAAUCUAUGGUCUGGCACAAACCAUUCCUGACAGAAACCUGGUUUCGGAAAUUGUUGGUGGUUAUUUGGACAGCCUCUAUAGCACAGGUGUGGAGUCCCCCUUGACUGAUACGCACAUGAAUGGUUCUCCAAGCCCCCACUGAUUUUUAGUCAGCUAUCUCAGUUGUUGGAUGAAGACACACUAAACAAUUCAAAGGAAAGGUAAUAUCACUUGGAAGCCUUUCUUCUGCAGAUACAGCUCACAAGGCAGUUUGAUCUGUUGGCAUAACAUUCCCCCCUUAGGUUAAACCCAGGUUCAACCCCCUAGCUUAGAUUGGCUGUUCAGAUCUGUGAAAACUUCAGGAAUACUCUCUCUCUUUUUCUCCCUUAACUUCUGAUAAUUAUUUGUAUUUCUAAUGACGACUCACUGCUGCUUCUAGUCGUCCAAGAAACGGCAGGCUUCAGGGCAGCACGCGUCUGUUCCAUCUUUGCUUAUGCUCGGGUGUUUCAAAUUACUUCAGUGGAUACAGAUCUCUUGGUUGACGUUCACACUGAGCAGUGAAUUCAACAAAAGGUUGCGCAUCCUUCACUGAUGAUAGGAUAAAGUCAGGGUGACUGUUUGGUUCACUCAGUGGGAAUUUGUUCCGAAUGAGAGGAAAUGGAUCAAAGGGAAAAAUGGGCACGUUCUUCUUUCCUUGUACCUUCGGGGUGCUUUUCUGUUUCCCUAGAAUUUUUUUUUUUACUGUGACAACAACAACAUCCCCCCCCCCCGCCUUUAGUCUUUGAGCCAUGGAGAUCCAUGAAGGUACUAAGGAUAAAACGGUUCUUCCACAUGUUUUGUCCUACAUUCUGUGUUAGCUACAGUAGGGCCAGGCAAACUGCAUUUCUUUCAGCGUCACGGUUCGAGAAGUUCAGCUUCUUCAACUUGUUCCAGUUCCUAGUUCUGUCAUUUUGUUAAGCGCCUUUAUGGACUCAAAAAAGAACCGGUGACACAGAAUGUAAUUAUUUGUAGGACUCGGUGCUCCUUUCCAGGCGUUGCACCGAUUUAUCAGACCCAUUCUCAAGAGAGCACACACACACACACACAGAUUUGCCUUAAAGGCUGAGAGCAUCUCUACUCAAGAAGCCAAGCAGAUGAUCCAGUCAGCAGAUGAUCACCUCCGUUAUGGUACUACCACUGAAAAUAAUCUCAACCUCAGGUAUCAUAUAAUCCUCUUCUUCAGUGUUUCAUGACGUCUCAGUUCAGUCCACCUGUAGAUAGCACUUUGCAACUGCAAUGGGGAUACCUAUUAUCUAGACCAGGGGUCUCCAACCUUGGCGACUUUUAAGCCUGGCGGACUUCAACUCCCAGAUUUUUGGGAGUUGAAGUCCGCCAGGCUUAAAGUCGCCAAGGUUGGAGACCCCUGGUCUAGAACACUAAUCAAUCCACUUACCUUCGCUACCCGUUCGCAAAUGGGAGCCGUGUGCGCACUCGCUUUGCUUGCGCACAACACCUCUGUGCAUACGCAGGACCUUCUGCACAUGCGCAGAGCAUCGAAAACGGGUCAUGACGACAUCUGGGCGGAUGGGUGGAGUUUCCUGCCGCAGGUGCUACCGGUUCACCCGAACCGGAUAGAACUAGCUGCAUUUCACCACUGGUCUAGAUGCUUGACUUCUACUGGGUAUUAGACCUCUAAUACUGCUUCUAUCCCAUUGUUUAGUUUGCUUUUAGAAGGAACUGUGGCAUCAGCGAGCCAUUCAGUGGGCCAAAUGGCAGGCACAUUAACUUUUUAUUCUAAGGUUUGAGGUGUAAAGCUAGGUUCACCAGCCUAGAUUUACAGAGGUGAAUGGAGAAGAGUUCCAUUCUGCCUUAAACUUCCUCUAUAGAUAAGUAGGUACUUUGCUAGAUCAGUCAAGGUCCCAUUACAUUCAGUCAGCAGUAGUUCUCUGAAUAAAAAAAAAGCAUAGAAUAUAAUAUUUUAGUGGUAUAGACUCAUGUUCCUUUCAGUUAUUAUUGUACAAUCCUUUGUGACUUCAUGAUUUCAAGGGUCUACGUUUUUGUGAAUCUUUGGAUUAAUCAUCUAUCUAUCUCUUCAAGGCUUAUCUUUCUAUUUCAAUUUUGAAUGGAGUGAAUACAAAAUAAUUUGAUGGUUAAUUGCCUAAGAUGAGUAUCUGUAUUGACUAGUUUGAACGGAUACACAGAUACCGUUUCCAAAUUACAUUAAGAAAGGAAAACUCGAUUGCAUCCCUCGUACCUAUGUAAUUUAAGGAACUGUUUUCAUUCAUGUUCUAGAACGGAAUGUUAAUUUUGUAAGAUCUUAAUUUCAGUUUAAUCCUGAUACAUGUUCAAAACUGCUUUGUUUCAACACUUAACCCAUGUAUACUUUGUCAUGCAUCUUGUACAUGUUUUCGGGUUUAAAAUAAAUAUUAUUUUCUUCCUCAACUUCCAGGUUUAAAAUAUUGGAAGGUAGCUUU